GGGCGCUGCAGCCAACAUCUGGUUACCAUCGGUCAACAUCUGGUUACCAACAGUUAAUAACUAGCUAUAUUACAGUGAAACUACAGUAAUACAUAGUAAUGAUACAGUAACUAACUGUUAACCAUUUGUUCCCCGCGGUCAGGUGACGUGUUGUGGGAGUAGUGAAGGUCUCAGUGCAGGACGCAGGGGGCAGGAGAGGAGGAAUGGGACAGGGCCGAUCCGCUGAAGUAAACACGGUGACCUUUGUCUCAGUUAAACUUCAGUCCACAGGUUGAAGUGAUAGAAGAGACCGGUCAGUGCAGGACAGAGACAUUCGAGACCGGCUGGUGGAGGACGGAGACAUUAGAGACAGGUUCACCGGGAUCCAAGCUGCAGGACGAAGGAGAGACAUUACCGUUACCACGUCAACUGGUUUACUGAGGUGGAGCCUCACACUCGGAGGUCAGCAUGUUGUGUCCGUGACGACGACCCUGCUGUCCUCAGUGGACUCCUGUGACGCGCUGCUGCUCCUGCCUCUGUCCUCUGAUUGGUCAGCUGCUGCGUCUCUGACAGGAUGCAGCUGGACGGUCAGAUGUUGAGGCGGAGCUCCAGACUCAAGAAGCUGACGGCCGUGCUGCUCGCCGCAUAUGCCGUCAAAAAACUGUCCCCAUACGUCUGGAGGAGGAUACAGAGAAGUGCAGCAGGUAAACAGCCGGGUGGAGCUAACCAGGCUGUAGGCGUGGUCGCUUCCUCUGAGGAGAACAGCAGAGAAAAGAAGAGCAGGUCUCCGUCAGUCAACAGGGACUUUCUCCUCAGGCUGUCUCGUCUGUUGAAACUUUUGUUUCCUCGGUUCCUAUGUCCCGAGGUCGGCCUGUUGGUUCUGCACUCGGUCACUCUGAUGUCCAGGACCUUCCUGUCCAUCUACGUGGCUGCUCUGGACGGUGUGAUCGUCAGGUGUAUCGUGCAGAAGGACCCUCAGGGCUUCAUGCUGCAGAUCUCUAAGUGGCUCCUCGUCGCUGUUCCUGCGACUUUCAUCAACAGCACCAUUCGAUUCCUGGAGGGUCAGCUGGCUCUUAGGUUCAGGAGCCGAUUGGUCAACCACGCCUACCAGCUGUACUUUACCAACCAGACAUAUUACCGCGUCAGCAACAUGGACGGUCGUCUGUCCAACCCUGACCAGUCUCUCACUGAAGACAUCGUCAUGUUCUCAGCGUCAGUCGCUCACCUCUACUCCAACCUGACCAAACCCAUCCUGGACGUGGUGGUCACCUGCUACACGCUGCUGCGUACCGCCCACUCCAAAGGAGCAAACACCACCGGGCCCUCCGUCAUCGCUGGCCUGGUGGUGGCCUUCACCGCCAACGUGCUGCGUGCGUGUUCGCCUCGAUUCGGGAAACUGGUUGCUGAAGAGGCGAAGAGGAAAGGAGACCUGAGAUACAUGCACUCACGCAUCAUCGCCAACUCUGAGGAGAUCGCAUUCUAUGGAGGACACAAGGUGGAGCUGGCCCAGCUGCAGAGGAGCUACUCAUCUCUGUCGUCUCAGAUCCAUCAGAUCCUGUUGAAGCGUCUCUGGUACGUCAUGUUGGAGCAGUUCCUCAUGAAGUACGUCUGGAGCGCGUCCGGCCUGGUGAUGGUGGCUGUGCCGAUCAUCACCGCCACAGGAUACUCCAAAUAUGACUCUGAGGAGGUGAAGCAGGCUGCCAUGGUGAUGAAGGAGGAGGAUCUGGUGAGCGAGAGGACGCAGGCGUUCACCACGGCGAGGAACCUCCUAAACGCUGCUGCCGACGCUGUGGAGAGAAUCAUGAGCUCCUACAAGGAGGUGACCGAGCUGGCGGGUUACACAUCUCGAGUCUCUGAGAUGUUGGACGUGUUUGAAGACGUGAAUCAGGGAAUCUACCGUCGCAAUGGGGACAGAGAGGAGGCCUCACCAGGAGGCGGAGCUGUGAUCCAACAUGGUCUCAGAGUCAGUGGACGACUGCAGAACAGAGGUCAUGUGAUCAGUGUGGAGAAGGGGAUUCGCUGUGAGAACUUACCAAUCAUCACACCGACCGGAGACGUGGUGGUGACCAGCCUCAACAUUCAGGUGGAUGAGGGGAUGAAUGUAUUGAUCACAGGUCCGAACGGUUGUGGGAAGAGUUCUCUGUUCAGGAUCCUCAGUGGACUGUGGCCUGUUUAUGGAGGAGUUCUGUAUCGUCCAGAACCUCAGCACAUGUUCUACAUCCCUCAGAGGCCCUACAUGUCAGAGGGAACCCUGAGGGACCAGGUGAUCUAUCCAGACUCUGUGGAGGAGAUGGUGCAGAGAGGAAUCACUGAUUCAUACCUGGAGGAGAUUCUUCACACUGUCCACCUGGUCUACAUCCUAGACCGAGACGAAGGUUGGGAGUCGGUCAGCGACUGGAAGGACGUCCUAUCAGGAGGAGAGAAACAGAGGAUGGGGAUGGCUCGUAUGUUCUACCACAGCCCUCGCUACGCUUUGUUGGACGAAUGUACGAGCGCUGUCAGCAUCGACGUGGAGGGACACAUCUUCCAGGCUGCAAAGGAUGCUGGGAUAGCUCUGCUCUCAAUCACACACAGACCGUCCCUGUGGAAGUACCACUCUCACCUGCUCCAGUUUGAUGGAGAAGGAGGAUGGAGGUUUGAACCUCUGGAUGCCUCCACCCGUCUGUCUCUGCAGGAGGAGAAGCAGCGUUUGGAGAACCAGCUCUCUGGGAUUCCUAAGAUGCAGCAGAGACUGACGGAGCUGUGUGUCCUGCUGGGAGAGAGAGGGGGGGAGGAGGAGGAGGAGGAGGAGGAGGAGGAGAAGGAGGAGGGGGAGGGGGGGGGUCUCUCUUGAGUUUUAACUGUGAUUUAAGAACUGUGCUGUUUUUACUUGUUACCAUGGAAACAAGCAACUGUUCAUGGGACUGAAACUGAUGUUCAAGUGGUCUGAUGUGGUCUGAUCGGAUCUGGUCUGGUCUGGUCUGAUCUGAUCUGAUCUGAUCUGAUCUGAUCUGGUCUGAUCUGAUCUGGUCUGAUCUGGUCUGAUCUGAUCUGAUCUGAUCUGAUCUGGUCUGGUCUGGUCUGAUCUGAUCUGGUCUGAUCUGAUCUGAUCUGAUCUGAUCUGAUCUGAUCUGAUGUGGUCCGAUCUGAUCUGAUCUGGUCUGGU